AUGCAACCAUGCCCUGAGUGUCCUCUCGUCUCCUACCUCGAGACCGAUAGUGGCCUCCUCUUGGAGCGGCCACUCGUGAGGAGAAAACGUAACCUGGAAGCAGCCUUGGACGUGAACCACGAAGAAGAGGCGGCCGAUCAACCCUCAGCAAAACAACAACAAUCCCGCGAAACUCAUGAAGUCUCCCGCCUGCGUCUCUUUGACCAGCCACCGCUGGGAUUUCCACUCCUCCUCCUCCAACCCCCCACCACGAGAGGUACAAUCAGCAAGAACGGACAGUGGGUUCCCUUCAGUGCUUUGCGUUGCGUCACCCUUGACCCCGAAGGGCGACAUGGGACUUUCAGUGUCCCAGGGCGGUCUGGAGUUCCGAAAGGAGCUACUUUCCGCACACUUGUACGCUUCUGGUAUCCACCCAUGCUCAACGAGAGGUACAUCACCAAAUACCCCUUCCUGCUCAUUGUACAAAAGUCCCAUCCGCCGGGUGAACAAAAACCUCACAGCCUUCUUCAGGAUCUGGCCGUUCAGUUGGCGAGUGAACACGAGGUGGUCGUUGCCCGUGUGGAGGAUUGGAUGGGUGCGGCCAGGGAAGUAGUUACGACCAGCGACCCAAACGAAGAAAUGAAGCUCUACAAACACCUAUUGAGAGAUAGAAUCGACUUCCCUGCGGUUGUCCUAGUCCACGUCCUGAAAAUGACCAUGACCAAUGUGAAGUAUAAAGUUAGCAGUUAUAGUCUGGAAGUUACGUGGACUGGCGUGGAAGAUAUCUGCACAACAUCGACCUCCGUUCGGCUUUCCUUCCGAACGUCGACGGAUCCGCGACGGAUUCCGAGACGUCAAGCAAAUAAAGUUAAUGUUCCAGCUAUCAUAUCUACUUCUUCUCAGAUCAUCGAGCUUAAGCAACCCGGCUUUCUUUGUCUCGAAAUUAUCUGCCCUUUCGUGCCUGUGACUGAAAACAAGAUGGAUGGAUGUUUGUCCGAGUGGCUGAAAGUGGCACGAUUUGAGCAGGACCCCUUCCGCUACAACCCCUGCAAGAUUCAGGCUCCAGCAGUGUUGCAAAAAUAA